AUGGCCAUGAUGGUCGAUAGCAAGUACCCCGGCACGGCCGUGGAGCGCCUGAACAGCGUGCACGGCCGCGUGGCGAAGCUCACGCGCGCCGAGCUCGACCAGGAGUGGCCCGCCGUCCGCCGUCGCUUGCUCUGGGCGGGCGGCCUCCGCGACCUCGAGGACGCCGCGCCGGGCGGCGGGUACACGGGCCACGCGUUCAACGACUACAACCACUGCGACCUCUGCACCAUGCUCGGCGACGUCCAGGACGAGUCGAACGCCAACGGCGCGGUGAACGAGAUCUCGCGGCGGAACCUGCUCGGCCCGGGCAUCCGCGUCGCGUCGAUCCCGGAGCUCGGGCCGGGCGGCUCGUGGUCGACGUGCACGAACGGCUGCGACACCGACCCGCCGCGCGACGUCGCCCACGUCCAGUUCCGCGCUAGGGUCGCCUUCAAGCUCGUCUGGUCGCCCGUCGACGAGUUCAAGUCGUUCUGCCUCGUCGACGACGACGGCGCGCUCCUCGCCGCGGGCACGCCCAAGGCGCCCCUGCCGCCCCUCCAGCAGCGGGCCAUGAACUUCCGCGUCGUCCAGGGCUCCAAGUACGCCGUCGCCGCCGAGGGCCUCGCCGCGGCCGCGUGCGGCUGA